GCCCUGGAUUUGUCUAACAAUCAAGGCUAAGCAAGCCUUGGUAGAUCUACAUUCAAAUGAACACUUACACUUCCAAAUGUAUAUAAGUAACUUACUUCAACUGCUAAUUGGCCUCAUUUUCUUUAGACACACUUACAGUGCUUUCUGUACUUAUUGCGUUGAAGAUGAUCCCAUAUGCCACAAUUUUGGUUUUCGGACCAUUGAUACAUUCCGAGGAGAGAAUAAAAUAAAAGAAUUAGAUGUUGACGGUGAUGGAAUGUUUUUGGAAAAGAAUCUUUCAGACUGUCUACCCAAGAUGUAUAAAUUAAUUAAAUUGAGAAGUGCUAUUUGCUUUUGGUCCAAGGAACUUGGCUGCACCAUUGUGGCACCCGAACGUAAUAUCAAGCAGAAAGUUGUCAAGAAAUGCGAUAAAUGCAUCAAGUUAAGCGGUUGCAAUAAAACUAAACAAUUGACAACUAGCGAUUGUAAUGAUGAAUUAUGUUUGAAUAAACUUCUUAUCGGACUUGCCAUCAUCAUAAUCAAUAAAGUUUGAAAAUUAGCUCAACUUCAA